AUGCUCGUGAACUUAUGGGAAAAAGCACAAGUAGCAGGUCAAAUUGAAUUAUCCGAAAAGAUUGGUGAAAACCAAGAAUAUCAAGACUUCGUUAUCAAACAAAGACAAGUUGAGGCUAUGGAAGCUAUCGGUGUUGAACAAGCUAAGAACCUUGCUAAUGCAGAUGUUAAAAUCUAUGCAACAAGCAGUAAGGUGAAAGAGGUGGAGGAAACUCCACCUUUACCCCAAGCUAAUAUAGUUGAGGAAGUAAAUUAUAAGAUGAAUGUCAAUAAGCUAUUCCAAUUAGCUAAGAGCUGGGGUAUAUCAAUUCAAAAGAGCAUAUGGAAUGCCGUAACUGUAUAUGUAAAGAGUACUGUGAAGAGCAUUAUGAUGCUGAGCAAGACAGCUACUGUGCAGAAACAAUAUACGAUUGGUUCAUGGAAGAAUACAAGGAGAUGGGAUGAGAGUACUCAUAGAGUAAGUCCACGAGACUAUAAAAGAAAGGGAAAGAUUAUGGCAGUUAAAACAAAGGAAAAGAAGGUAGAAGUACCUAAGUUAAGUAGGGAUAGAAUCCUAGAAUUGAUUGGUGAAAUGGAUACCAAACUAGCAAUGGUACCAAAGUACUCUAAAAGAGAUUUGAAGAUGUUUGCUAGCUUGACAGACAUGGAAGUUAGAGAUGCAGUAGAUGAUUAUUAUGCAGCUCAAAACGGUAGAAUUAGAGUAGAAGGCAAACUAAGAGCUUACCAAAAAGAAGUAGAUGACGAAGGUAUUUAUAGCCUAUACUUGAAUAUGCAAUUACAAAACCAAAUGGUAAUGGAGUCAUUAGCUAAGGAUGUAUUAACUAUCUUUGUUCAGAAUCAUAAAGCAGCAGCUUGGUUUGAUAAAGUAAAAGGUUUAGGUCCUAUUAUUUCAGCUAAUCUUAUUGCUAAUAUUGAUAUACACAGAGCUAAAUCAGCUGGUCAGAUUAUUAGUUACUUUGGUUUGGCAGACCACAAAAGACCUUGGUUAGGUUCAAAGGUAGUAACAGAAAGAGUAAACUCAGUUCUUGGUAGUAAGAAGAAUAAAGAUAUUACUUAUGAAGAUUUCUGCAUGUGUUGUAACUUAACUAAGUGGAAACCAGAGAAUGCUAUUGAAGCCACUGACUUUGACGGUAAUUAUAUCUUCAAGAAAGAGAAUAUGAAUACAGGUGAGGUUGAAUAUACUUUCACGAAAGAUAAGAUUAUCAGAACACUAUCUAAACGACCAUAUAAUGCUAAAAUGAAGAAAACAAUGUGGUUGUUAGAAAGAAAAGCAGAAGAAACAGCUAGAAGUGAAGCUGGUGAGUAUAGAGAACAAGCCUUGAAAAGAGCACAAGAAGUAGGUAAAGAAACUGAGGCUUACAAAUACUAUAUAGAAGGUCUGCUUAGAAGAGCAGAAGAUAAGGAUUUGGUACAAUAUAACUAUACCGAAUAUUGUAAUAACCAAGGUCUUUGGGAUGAAGUUACUCUGUUCAAUCGUGGUAAUAUCUAUGAGAAGAAAACAGAAGAAGAGCAAGCUCACUUUCUAAAUCAUGAUAUAGAAGUAUAUGAGAAGAAAGAUGGCUGUCUUGGUAUACUUUAUAUGUAUAAUGACGAGAUAAGAUGUAACUCUCGUGGUGGGUUUGAUAAUUAUGUAACAGAUAAGAUUAAACAGUUACUUCCAAAGUAUGAGAUGUUACAUUGGCUGCUUAAACACAAUACAAUGAAUGUAGAAGUAAUAUCCCCAGAAACAAAGAUAAUAUGUGAUUAUGGUGAUGAAGAAGAAUUAUACCUACUUACAGCAUUUAAUUAUGAGCAUGAAGAGCAUACAAGAGAUGUAUUAGAUAUAAUGAGUGCUGUUGCAAGGAUGCCACAACCUAAUAAGGAAAUAAUGACUUGGGAAGAGUUAUUCAAGUGGCAGAAAACAUCUAACUGGGAGAAAGAAGGAUUUGUAGUAUCUAUUCCUACUAGAAAGUAUGGUGCAUACCAAAGAGCUAAGAUUAAGUCAGAAGAUUAUAUGAAAGUAGUUAGUUUCAAGGCUCAUUUGAAUAAACAUACCUUAUGGGAUAAUAUGAGAAUAGAUAUGGAACAAAACACUAGCUUCUUAUCUGAAUAUGAAGAUAAGAUGCCAGAUGAACUUGUCCAAUUAUAUAAACAAUACAAAGCAGAAUUAGAACAAGCACUUGAAGAUAAGAGAGCUGAGGCACAAGCUGUAUUUGAAGAAGUAAAGGAUAUACCUACAAGAGAAUUACAUAGUUAUUUUGUAGAGCAUCCUACUGUAUUCAUGCCAGCAGUUUAUAAUAUGAGAAACGGAAAACCGAUAGAUAGAGUUUUAAUUAAAAUGAUAGAACCAAAAGCAGGGACUAUCGUGGAGGAUUUUGAUGAUAAAGAAGAUAGAGAAAGCUGA